AAAAUAUCCGCUGGUAUUGCUAUCUUAAAACGUGUAAGUCAUUUUAUACUAUUUGAUACUAGAAUGAAUAUGUACAAUGCACUGGUAAUGCCAUAUUUUAAUUGCUGUAGUGCUGUAUGGGUAAUAUCAAUAAGGGACUAGCAGACAAACUUCAAAAGAUGCAGAAUAGGGCUGCUAGAAUUCUCACCUUUUCUAACUAUGAGGUUCGCUCAAGUGUUUUGUUGGAUGAGCUUCGCUGG